GUGGAGGCCACACAUACACAUAAGUCUUGUUCUUUCUUUCAAUUCUCUCUCUCUCUCUCUCUCUCUAUCCCUCUCUCUCUACCACUUGUUUAUCACAAUCAUCACCGAAUUCUAGGGUUUUGGUUUUCUGGUAUGGAUCUCUAGCAUUGCUUCUGGAUUGGGUUGGGAAAUUCAAAGCUUGGUUCUUGUUUCAUGGGCUUCCCCUAAAUCCUUGACCCCUUUCUUUGUAGCAUUUCCAAUUCACCUAUGGAGGUUCCGGAGAUGGACGAGGCAAAUCCUGAAACUCAUCUGACAUCAGCUGCAGCCUUUGUGGAAGGGGGAAUACAACAAGCCUGUGAUGAUUCUUGUAGCAUAUGCCUUGAGGAUUUUUCUGAUAGUGAUCCAUCAACGGUGACUACUUGCAAACACGAAUUUCACCUUCAAUGCAUCCUUGAAUGGUGCCAGAGAAGCUCACAGUGUCCAAUGUGUUGGCAGGCUAUUAGCCUGAAGGAUCCAACCAGUCAAGAAUUGCUUGAGGCAGUGGAACGUGAGAGGAGGAUUAGGGUUACUCCACCAAGAAAUGCCACUAUAUUUCAUCAUCCUACCCUUGGUGAUUUUGAAUUGCAGCAUUUACCAGUAGGUGCUAACGGUGCUGAACUUGAAGAGCGUAUCAUCCAGCACUUGGCAGCUGCUGCUGCAAUGGGAAGGGCCCACCAUAUUGGAAGGAGGGAAGGUCAGAGGAUUCGAUCAUCUGCCCAUGGUCGUCCACACUUUUUGGUAUUCUCCACUCAUCCUAGCGAGCCUCCUGGUCCAGUUUCUGACUCCGGAGGAGACAAUGAACCGGUUGCAAUCAGUAUAGCUAAUCCAUCUACCCCGCUUGCAUCUGGUGGAGAUGAACUAUCACAGCAGGUCUCACAUUUUCCUUCUGUUCAUACUAAUCAAGUUUCGUCCCCAGCAUCAGGAUCUAAUUUCCUGCCAACAAAUCGUCAAGGAAUUUCCUUUAAUAAUCGGAGCCCUGCUAGUCAUUCCUCACCACCAAAUCAAGAUAGGGCAGGACCAUCAGAUUUUCAGUCAUUUUCAGAGUCUCUGAAAUCUAGACUUAACUCCAUGUCAAUGAAAUACAAAGAGUCGUUUUCAAAGAGUACAAGAGGGUGGAAGGAGAGGCUUUUCUCUCGGAAUACUUCCAUGCCGGAUGUUGGCUCUGAAGUUCGGAGAGAAGUUAAUUCAGGAAUUGCCAGUGUAUCUCGAAUGAUGGAGCACCUUGAAACCAGAGAAAAUAGUAGAGACAGUGAAGCUUCAGUAGCAAAUCAUCCAGAUGAUUCUUCUGUUACGGAGCAGAGCAUACAGAACAUUACAGAGACUCAUGGAGAAAACCCUUUGAAUGACAGCAAACAACCAACUUCUUGUGCUGCAAGUUCCGCUUCAAGCUAAGUUGUUGAACAUUGUUUCAGCAAGUGCAUCUAUCCUCAGCUUUUCAUAUUUGAAGCUUGGAUUUUCAGGUUAACUUUUUUUCUCCAGACAUGACAUGCUGAGGACAAGAUGCUUUGCAAUACCAUGGUGAUUGUGAUUUGAAUCCGAAUAAAGUAGAGGAAGUAAGGAAAGAAUUUCCAUCUGGACAGACUUGUAAAUGUGUAUUUGUAUGUGAAUUUGUUUAUAUAUGAGUAUAUGACCCAGAUGUGAUGUGGGAUAUGUAUUUAGCUGUCUGGAUGGUAAGGUAGGUUUUGGCACUCUAUUUAUACUGAAUAUUAAUAUUCCUGAGGGAUUAUGUGUGUCAAGUCUAAUGAAUUCACAGCUUUUUAUCUGCA